UGAGGGCAGAUAGGGUUUCUUUUGCGGGCCGAGAAGAAAAGAGUAGUUUUGGGAUUGUCGAGGAGCCGCAGCCAUGGUGGAGAAAGCAGCCAAAGGAAGAAAAGAGGAGGUUGUCACCAGAGAGUACACCAUUAACCUCCAUAAACGCUUGCAUGGAUGCACUUUCAAGAAGAAGGCUCCCAAGGCUAUAAAGGAAAUCAGAAAGUUUGCCCAGAAGGCCAUGGGGACAACUGAUGUUAGAGUGGAUGUCAAGCUAAACAAGCAUAUAUGGAGCCGUGGAAUCAGGAGCGUGCCAAGGAGAGUUCGUGUUCGCAUUGCACGGAAGAGAAAUGAUGAAGAGGAUGCAAAGGAGGAGUUUUAUUCACUUGUCACUGUUACAGAGGUUCCUUCAGAGGGAUUCAAGGGUUUGGGCACCAAGGUCAUUGAUGAAGAGGACUAGAGUAGACUGUUUUCUUGGUUCAUAGUUAAAGAACUCCAGUUUUGGUUUUAUCUAUAAUUAAUCCUGUGAUGUUGGUUUUGUUUUGGAUUCUCAUUGAAAAUCUUUGGCAGUGAAAAUAUUAUUGACUUUUAUUAUCUA